AGAUGCAGGAAUCUCUCAGACAAUCAACAAACUUGUGCACAGGACAUCAAUGCAGUGCUGAGAGAGAUGAGCGCCUCAUUGACUGGACUGAAGGUUGGUAUGGAGUACCUACAGAGAGAUAAUGAAGCCAAGACAAAAGAACUGGACUUGCUAAAACAACAGUACCAAGAGCAAGUGACAAAAGUGAUAAAUCUGGAGCAGCAGCACCAAGCUCAGAUAGGAGAACUGAUCAGCGUUAAAGCCAGAACAAACAACACUGAGAACCAAGUGGAGGAUCUGAAGAGAGAAAGAGAAGUGAAACAAGUGGCUUUCUCAGCUUCCUUGCUGGCAUCAGGUUCUGGAUAUAUUGGACCAUUUAACACACAAACACCUCUAGUCUUCAGACAUGUUGUUACAAAUAUUGGAAAUGCCUACAACCCAAACACAGGUUUUUUCAUUGCCCCGGUGAGAGGAGCCUAUCACUUUGAGUUCCACUUACAUGGAGGUGGACAUGCAUCACAUCCGACAGCUGCUGUGCUGGUCAAGAAUGGAAAUCCUAUUUUCAUUGCAUAUGAACAUCAACCUUCCUACUCUGUUAACCCAUCUAAUGGUGUCACAUUGCUGUUAAAAACUGGAGAUGUUGUGUUUUUUGCGUCAGUGGCAAAACACAAGGUUUAUGAUGACCAUAAUCGUCCUACCACCUUCAGUGGACACUUGCUUUUCACUGUGUGA